AUCGAACUCACACUCCCGUACCCUUGGCAGUAGAGACAUGUGGAAAUUAAAAUACGUGGGGUGCCCGAAACAUCGAAUAAUCUCUGGCGCCUGCUCCACAAAUCACAGCCACAACUAUCUCGGGUUAUCCAAGAUCCGACCCUUUAAACACCUGACACACCACUUUAUCCCUUGUCGGAUUUACCCAACGGACGGACUCCAAUCUAAUGGCUUCCUCAUCCCUCCUCAACCUCCUCUCCUUCUCCACCACCGCCACCGCACUCUCCAAACCGCCGCCGCCGCCUAAAUCCCCACUCCUCCGCCUCCCUCUCUCCUCCUCGUUCCCUCCGCUCAGAAAGAGAAACCAGGGGUGCAAAUCCUUGCUGUCGUCGUCUGAGCCGUUCUCGUCGACUGAGCCGUUCUCGUCGUGUGAGUCGUUCAACGUCGAGGUCGAGAUCGACGAGGACGACAACGAGGACAGGCUCAUAGAGGAGUUCCGGAGAGAGGUGAUGAGGGCGGGCGUGAUCCAGGAGUGCGUGCGGAGGAAAUUCCAUGAGAACAAGCAUGAGAAGAAGAAGCGGAAGAAUCGUGAGGCCGCCAGGCGUAAUCGUAAAAGACGCACCCCUUAUAGAGAUCCAGCACUAGAUGAGGCAGAAGCCGCCAGGACCAGGGAAGAAGAAGAAGAUAGGGAUGAUGAUAACUGGGACUUUUGAUGUUGUGAGAAUUCACUCUCUUUCUUCUUCCUUUGGACUCUGUUUUUUCUUCUUUUCUUUCACCCCCACACGCUUGUGUGAGGCUUUUGGUUCAUGUAAGCUUUCAGGAGAAUUGCAACUUUUGAGUUCUUUUUGUCUUUGAUCUUAUAAUCAGGAACCACCUUUUUAUUCA